AUGGCAGGCGAUUCGGGUGGCAUGAGCUUCUCGCACCUCAAAAACAACACCAAGAGCAAGUGGUGGCGCGAUCCUUGUCUUCGUAUUAACGUCGUCCAGUGCGUUGGCCUCUAUUUCUGUGUUUUCUAUCUUGGAUACGAUGCUGCCCUGCUUAACGGGCUUCAGGCUAUGCCUCAGUGGAACGCUUACUUCGACGAUCCCUCGGGUAACUUCUUGGGCCUCAUCUCGGCAUCAAUCUUUCUGCCAGCAAUUGUCACCCCGUUCAUUAGCUCGUGGAUCAAUGGCAAAUGGGGUCGCAAAGCUGCACUUGCCGUAGGAUCGAUCGUGCUCAUCAUCGGUGCGUGCAUCAACGCCUUCGCUACAAACAUCGGGAUGUUCAUCGCAGGCCGCGUACUCGUUGGCGCAGCUGGGCCAUUCGGCAAGACCACCGCAAUUGCACUGCUCCAAGAAAUCGCACAUCCACGCCUGAGACCGAUCCUUGCCACGUCAUUCUACAGUAACUACUACAUAGGUGCAGCAAUAGCGUCAUGGUUCUGUUACGGCGGUUUGAACUGGGGGGACACGGCCUGGGCCUGGCGUGCGCCCUGCCUGUUCCAAGUCUUCGCGCCCUUGGUCGUCCUAUUUCACCUCUGGAUUGUGCCUGAAAGUCCACGUUGGCAGAUCCACCACGGCAAAAUUGACGCAGCCAUGUCCACUCUCAGUAAGUGGCAUGCAAAUGGGGACCGUGAUGAUGAGCUCGUUCAGCAUGAAUAUCGCGAGAUCUGCUUUGCCCUACAACUCGAGGAGGAGAACAAACGCACUCGCUACGCCGACUUUGUCAAAACUCCUGGUAACCGCCGCCGCUUGCUCGUCUUGGUGACCAUGGCUACCGGCACCAACUGGAUCGGCAAUGGUAUCAUUAGCUACUAUCUUGCUCCUGCUCUGCGACUCGUGGGGAUUACCGAUCCGCACCAGAUCUCCGGCAUCAACGGCGGACUUGCCGUCUGGAACCUGUUCCUCGCGUAUGCAGGCUCGCUGAACGCAGAGCGUGUCGGCCGACGCAAACUCUGGCUCACCUCUACUAUCGGCAUGCUCGGAUCAUACAUCGUUAUGACGGGCUUGUCCGGGAGUUUCGCCGAGAACGGCGGCCGCGGGGUCGGUAUCGCGGUCGUACCUGUUAUGUUCAUCUACUAUGGCUUCUACGACAUCGGCUGGACGCCCCUUCCGUUCUCUUACGGUGCCGAGAUUCUGCCAUAUCACAUGCGUUUAAAAGGGCUGAGUAUCCUGCUUAGCGUGCAGAGCGUAGCGCAGGCUUUCAACCAAUGGGUCAACCCCGUCGCCCUAGCGGACAUUGCGUGGAAGUACUAUAUCAUCUACGUGGUGCUCAUCGCUAUGUAUCUGGUCCUUAUUUGGUUCUUCUUCCCAGAGACAAGGUACAAUGCCUGCCGCACUCCUUAG